GUGCGCCGCCGCCACUACCCGCUGCGGAGGGAACGGCGCGGAGCGGAGGCCGCGGAGGCUCCUUGGCUCCUCAGCACCCCUCGGCCCGACGCACCCACGCCCCUCACCCCCCGAGAGCCGACUCCACAUUCCUCCAUCAUGUUGUCAUCGUUUCGUAAACGCAGAGUCCAGAAAAUGGACCCAAGUGGGGUCAAAGUGCUGGAAACAGCAGAGGACAUCCAGGAGAGGCGGCAGCAGGUCUUAGACCGAUACCACCGCUUCAAGGAGCUCUCAACCCUUAGGCGUCAGAAACUGGAAGAUUCCUAUCGAUUCCAGUUCUUUCAAAGAGAUGCUGAAGAGCUGGAGAAAUGGAUUCAGGAAAAACUUCAGAUUGCAUCUGAUGAUAAUUAUAAAGACCCAACCAACUUGCAGGGAAAGCUUCAGAAGCAUCAAGCCUUUGAAGCUGAAGUACAGGCCAACUCAGGAGCCAUUGUUAAGCUGGAUGAAACUGGAAACCUGAUGAUCUCAGAAGGGCAUUUUGCAUCUGAAACCAUACGGACUCGUUUGAUGGAGCUGCACCGCCAGUGGGAAUUACUUUUGGAGAAGAUGCGAGAGAAAGGAAUCAAACUGCUGCAGGCCCAGAAGUUGGUGCAGUAUUUACGAGAAUGUGAGGACGUGAUGGACUGGAUCAAUGACAAGGAAGCAAUUGUUACUUCUGAAGAGCUGGGCCAGGAUCUGGAGCAUGUAGAGGUUUUACAGAAGAAAUUUGAAGAGUUUCAAACAGAUAUGGCUGCUCAUGAAGAAAGAGUUAAUGAAGUGAACCAGUUUGCUGCCAAACUCAUUCAGGAGCAGCACCCUGAGGAGGAACUGAUCAAGACUAAGCAGGAUGAAGUAAAUGCCGCCUGGCAGCGGCUGAAGGGCCUGGCUCUGCAGAGGCAGGGAAAGCUCUUUGGGGCAGCUGAAGUUCAGCGCUUUAACAGGGAUGUGGAUGAGACUAUCAGUUGGAUUAAGGAAAAGGAGCAGUUAAUGGCCUCUGACGAUUUUGGCCGAGACCUGGCAAGUGUUCAAGCACUGCUUCGGAAGCACGAAGGUCUGGAGAGAGAUCUUGCUGCUCUAGAGGACAAGGUCAAAGCCCUGUGUGCUGAGGCUGACCGCCUGCAACAGUCCCACCCUCUGAGUGCAACUCAGAUUCAAGUGAAGCGAGAGGAACUGAUUACAAACUGGGAGCAGAUCCGCACCUUGGCAGCAGAGAGACACGCACGGCUCAAUGAUUCAUACAGGCUCCAACGUUUCCUUGCUGACUUCCGUGACCUCACCAGCUGGGUGACUGAGAUGAAAGCCCUCAUCAAUGCAGAUGAGCUCGCCAAUGAUGUGGCUGGGGCUGAAGCCCUGUUAGAUAGACACCAAGAGCACAAGGGUGAAAUUGAUGCUCAUGAAGACAGCUUCAAAUCUGCAGAUGAAUCUGGACAGGCACUGCUUGCUGCUGGUCAUUACGCAUCAGAUGAAGUGAGGGAGAAGCUGACCAUCCUUUCUGAGGAGAGAGCAGCGCUGCUGGAACUGUGGGAGCUGCGCAGGCAGCAGUACGAGCAGUGCAUGGACCUGCAGCUCUUCUACCGGGACACUGAGCAGGUGGACAACUGGAUGAGCAAGCAGGAGGCGUUCCUAUUGAAUGAAGACUUGGGAGAUUCCUUAGAUAGUGUGGAAGCACUUCUUAAGAAGCAUGAAGACUUUGAGAAAUCCCUCAGUGCCCAGGAGGAAAAGAUUACAGCAUUAGAUGAAUUUGCAACCAAGCUAAUUCAGAACAACCACUAUGCAAUGGAAGAUGUGGCCACUCGCCGAGAUGCUCUGUUGAGCCGCCGCAAUGCCCUUCAUGAGAGAGCCAUGCGUCGCCGGGCCCAGCUAGCCGAUUCAUUCCACUUGCAGCAGUUUUUCCGUGAUUCUGAUGAGCUCAAAAGCUGGGUCAAUGAGAAGAUGAAAACUGCCACAGAUGAAGCUUAUAAAGAUCCAUCCAACCUACAGGGAAAAGUACAGAAGCAUCAGGCUUUUGAGGCUGAGCUGUCAGCAAACCAGAGCCGAAUUGAUGCCUUGGAGAAAGCUGGGCAAAAGCUGAUUGAUGUCAACCACUAUGCCAAGGAUGAAGUAGCAGCUCGCAUGAAUGAGGUGAUCAGUUUGUGGAAAAAACUGCUAGAGGCCACUGAACUGAAAGGAAUAAAGCUUCGUGAAGCCAACCAGCAACAGCAAUUUAAUCGUAAUGUUGAGGAUAUUGAAUUGUGGCUGUAUGAAGUAGAAGGUCACUUGGCUUCGGAUGAUUAUGGCAAAGAUCUUACCAAUGUGCAGAACCUCCAGAAGAAACAUGCCCUGCUAGAGGCAGAUGUGGCUGCUCACCAGGACCGAAUUGAUGGCAUCACCAUUCAGGCCCGCCAGUUCCAAGAUGCUGGCCAUUUUGAUGCAGAAAACAUCAAGAAGAAACAGGAAGCCCUCGUGGCUCGCUAUGAGGCGCUCAAGGAGCCCAUGGUGGCCCGGAAGCAGAAGCUGGCUGAUUCUCUGCGGUUGCAGCAGCUCUUCCGGGAUGUUGAGGAUGAAGAGACGUGGAUUCGAGAGAAAGAGCCCAUUGCUGCAUCUACCAAUAGAGGUAAGGAUUUGAUUGGAGUCCAAAAUCUGCUAAAGAAGCAUCAAGCCUUACAAGCAGAAAUUGCUGGACAUGAACCUCGCAUCAAAGCAGUUACACAGAAGGGGAAUGCCAUGGUGGAGGAAGGUGAGGAAAGGCUAUUGAGGCAGGAUGGCAGGUUGGCAAGACAGUGGAGGAUGGGAGGCUUCAGCCCCUGUGCAGUGCUCCAUGUGUGGUUUUGGUUUCAGGCUCUACUGAAGAAACACGAAGCUUUGAUGUCAGAUCUCAGUGCCUAUGGCAGCAGCAUCCAGGCUUUGCGAGAACAAGCACAGUCCUGCCGGCAACAAGUGGCCCCCAUGGAUGAUGAGACUGGGAAGGAGCUGGUCUUGGCUCUCUAUGACUAUCAGGAGAAGAGUCCCCGAGAGGUCACCAUGAAGAAGGGGGAUAUCCUUACCUUACUCAACAGCACCAACAAGGAUUGGUGGAAAGUGGAAGUGAACGAUCGUCAGGGUUUUGUGCCGGCGGCUUACGUGAAGAAGUUGGACCCCGCCCAGUCAGCUUCAAGGGAGAAUCUCCUGGAGGAGCAAGGCAGCAUAGCACUGCGGCAGGAGCAGAUUGACAAUCAGACACGCAUAACUAAGGAGGCCGGCAGUGUAUCUCUGCGUAUGAAGCAGGUGGAAGAACUAUAUCAUUCUCUGCUGGAACUGGGUGAGAAACGUAAAGGCAUGUUGGAGAAGAGUUGCAAGAAGUUUAUGUUGUUCCGUGAAGCGAAUGAACUACAGCAGUGGAUCAAUGAGAAGGAAGCUGCUCUGACAAGUGAGGAGGUUGGCGCGGACUUGGAGCAGGUUGAGGUGCUCCAGAAGAAAUUUGAUGACUUUCAGAAGGAUCUGAAAGCCAAUGAGUCGCGGUUGAAGGAUAUUAACAAGGUAGCUGAAGACCUGGAGUCUGAAGGUCUCAUGGCAGAGGAGGUGCAGGCUGUGCAACAACAGGAAGUAUAUGGCAUGAUGCCCAGGGAUGAAACUGAUUCCAAGACAGCCUCCCCAUGGAAGUCUGCCCGUCUGAUGGUUCACACCGUGGCCACCUUUAAUUCCAUCAAGGAGCUGAAUGAGCGCUGGCGGUCCCUACAGCAGCUGGCCGAGGAACGGAGCCAGCUCUUGGGCAGUGCCCAUGAAGUGCAGAGGUUCCACAGAGAUGCUGAUGAAACCAAAGAAUGGAUUGAAGAGAAGAAUCAAGCUCUAAACACAGACAAUUAUGGACAUGAUCUCGCCAGUGUCCAGGCCCUUCAACGCAAGCAUGAGGGCUUCGAGAGGGACCUUGCAGCUCUCGGUGACAAGGUAAACUCCCUUGGUGAAACAGCAGAGCGCCUAAUCCAGUCCCAUCCUGAGUCAGCAGAAGAUCUGCAGGAAAAGUGCACAGAGUUAAACCAGGCCUGGAGCAGCCUGGGGAAACGUGCAGACCAGCGAAAGGCAAAGUUGGGCGACUCCCAUGACCUUCAGCGCUUCCUAAGCGAUUUCCGGGACCUCAUGUCUUGGAUCAAUGGAAUACGGGGGUUGGUGUCCUCAGAUGAGCUAGCCAAGGAUGUCACCGGAGCUGAGGCGUUGCUGGAGCGACACCAGGAACACCGGACAGAAAUUGAUGCCAGGGCUGGCACUUUCCAGGCAUUUGAGCAGUUUGGACAGCAGCUGUUGGCUCACGGACACUAUGCGAGCCCUGAGAUCAAGCAGAAACUUGAUAUUCUUGACCAGGAGCGUGCAGACCUGGAAAAGGCCUGGGUUCAGCGCAGGAUGAUGCUAGAUCAGUGCCUUGAAUUGCAGCUGUUCCAUCGGGACUGUGAGCAAGCUGAGAACUGGAUGGCUGCCCGGGAGGCCUUCUUGAAUACCGAAGACAAAGGAGACUCACUGGACAGCGUAGAGGCUUUGAUCAAAAAACAUGAAGACUUUGACAAAGCAAUUAACGUUCAGGAAGAGAAGAUUGCCGCUCUGCAGGCCUUUGCUGACCAGCUCAUCGCUGCCGGCCACUAUGCCAAGGGAGACAUUUCUAGCCGGCGCAAUGAGGUCUUGGACCGGUGGCGACGUCUGAAAGCCCAGAUGAUUGAGAAAAGGUCAAAGCUAGGAGAAUCUCAAACCCUCCAACAGUUCAGCCGGGAUGUGGAUGAGAUUGAGGCUUGGAUCAGUGAAAAAUUGCAGACAGCGAGUGAUGAGUCAUAUAAGGAUCCCACGAACAUCCAGCUUUCCAAGCUGCUGAGCAAGCACCAGAAGCACCAAGCUUUUGAAGCAGAGCUGCAUGCCAAUGCUGACCGGAUCCGCGGGGUUAUUGACAUGGGCAACUCCCUCAUUGAACGUGGAGCCUGUGCUGGAAGUGAGGAUGCUGUCAAGGCCCGCCUGGCUGCCUUAGCUGACCAGUGGCAGUUCCUGGUGCAGAAGUCAGCUGAAAAGAGCCAGAAACUGAAAGAAGCCAACAAGCAGCAGAACUUCAACACAGGGAUCAAGGACUUUGACUUCUGGCUGUCUGAGGUCGAGGCCCUGCUGGCAUCUGAAGAUUAUGGCAAAGACUUGGCUUCUGUGAACAACCUGCUGAAAAAACAUCAACUGCUGGAAGCAGAUAUAUCUGCCCAUGAGGAUCGCCUGAAGGACCUGAACAGCCAGGCAGACAGCCUGAUGACCAGCAGUGCCUUCGACACCUCCCAAGUAAAGGACAAGAGGGAUACUAUCAACGGGCGCUUCCAGAAGAUCAAGAGCAUGGCAGCCUCCCGGCGAGCCAGGCUGAAUGAAUCCCAUCGCCUGCACCAGUUCUUCCGGGACAUGGAUGACGAGGAAUCCUGGAUCAAGGAGAAGAAGCUGCUGGUGAGCUCGGAGGACUAUGGCCGGGACCUAACUGGCGUACAGAACCUGAGGAAGAAGCAUAAGCGGCUGGAGGCAGAAUUGGCUGCGCAUGAGCCAGCUAUUCAGGGUGUCCUAGACACUGGCAAGAAGCUGUCUGAUGAUAACACCAUCGGGAAAGAGGAGAUCCAGCAGCGGCUGGCACAGUUUGUGGAGCACUGGAGAGAGCUGAAGCAGCUGGCAGCUGCCCGGGGUCAGCGGCUAGAAGAGUCCUUGGAAUAUCAGCAGUUUGUAGCCAAUGUGGAAGAGGAGGAAGCCUGGAUCAAUGAGAAAAUGACGCUGGUGGCUAGUGAAGAUUAUGGAGACACUCUUGCCGCCAUCCAGGGCUUACUGAAGAAACAUGAAGCAUUUGAGACAGACUUUACUGUCCACAAGGAUCGCGUGAAUGAUGUCUGCAGCAAUGGACAAGACCUCAUUAAGAAGAACAAUCACCACGAGGAGAACAUCUCUUCAAAGAUGAAGGGCCUGAACGGGAAAGUGUCAGACCUGGAGAAAGCUGCAGCCCAGAGGAAGGCAAAGCUGGAUGAGAACUCGGCCUUCCUUCAGUUCAACUGGAAGGCAGAUGUGGUGGAGUCCUGGAUUGGUGAAAAGGAGAACAGCUUGAAGACAGAUGAUUAUGGCCGAGACCUGUCUUCUGUGCAGACACUCCUCACCAAACAGGAAACUUUUGACGCUGGCCUGCAGGCCUUCCAGCAGGAAGGCAUUGCCAACAUCACUGCCCUCAAAGAUCAACUUCUGGCCGCCAAACACAUUCAGUCCAAGGCCAUCGAGGCCCGGCACGCCUCCCUCAUGAAAAGGUGGAGCCAGCUUCUGGCCAACUCAGCCACCCGCAAGAAGAAGCUGCUGGAGGCUCAGAGUCACUUCCGCAAGGUGGAGGACCUGUUCCUGACCUUCGCCAAAAAGGCUUCUGCCUUCAACAGCUGGUUUGAAAAUGCAGAGGAAGACUUAACAGACCCAGUGCGCUGCAACUCCCUGGAAGAAAUCAAAGCUUUGCGCGAGGCCCACGAUGCCUUCCGCUCCUCCCUCAGCUCUGCCCAGGCCGACUUCAACCAGCUGGCCGAGCUGGACCGCCAGAUCAAGAGCUUCCGUGUGGCCUCCAACCCCUACACCUGGUUCACCAUGGAGGCCCUGGAGGAGACCUGGAGGAACCUACAGAAGAUCAUCAAGGAGAGAGAGCUGGAGCUGCAGAAGGAACAACGGCGGCAGGAGGAGAACGACAAGCUGCGCCAGGAGUUUGCCCAGCACGCCAAUGCCUUCCACCAGUGGAUCCAAGAGACCAGGACAUAUCUCCUUGAUGGCAUAGCGUAUCGUCGGGUCAUUCGUGUCUAUCAGUAUGAAGUUGGGGAUGAUCUGUCUGGAAGGUCCUGCAUGGUGGAAGAGUCGGGGACCCUUGAAUCCCAGCUUGAAGCUACGAAACGCAAGCAUCAGGAAAUCCGAGCCAUGAGAAGUCAACUCAAAAAGAUUGAGGACCUGGGGGCUGCCAUGGAGGAGGCCCUCAUCCUGGACAACAAGUACACAGAGCAUAGCACUGUGGGCCUGGCCCAGCAGUGGGACCAGCUGGAUCAGCUGGGCAUGCGCAUGCAGCACAACUUGGAGCAGCAGAUCCAGGCCAGGAACACAACAGGUGUGACUGAGGAGGCCCUCAAAGAAUUCAGCAUGAUGUUUAAACACUUUGACAAGGACAAGUCUGGCAGGCUGAACCACCAGGAGUUCAAAUCCUGCCUGCGCUCCCUGGGCUAUGACCUGCCCAUGGUGGAGGAAGGGGAACCUGACCCUGAGUUCGAGGCAAUCCUAGACACAGUGGAUCCAAACAGAGAUGGCCACGUCUCCCUGCAAGAAUACAUGGCCUUCAUGAUCAGCCGUGAAACUGAGAACGUCAAGUCCAGUGAGGAGAUUGAGAGCGCCUUCCGGGCCCUCAGUUCAGAGGGAAAGCCUUACGUGACCAAGGAGGAGCUCUACCAGAACCUGACCCGGGAACAAGCCGACUACUGCGUCUCCCACAUGAAGCCCUAUGUGGACGGCAAGGGCCGCGAACUCCCCACUGCAUUCGACUACGUGGAAUUCACCCGCUCACUCUUUGUGAACUGAGCCGCUCCCUGGUCACCCACCCCGCACUGCUUGCCCCAUGUCGCCUUGCUGCAUGUCCACUCCCAUAUGCUCGCUCUUUCCACAGUAACCUUAAGCCUGCUUAGCUUGGAAUAAGACUUAGUAGAAAAUGGUGCUUCACUAACCCGCUUCUGGUCCAGUCACAAUCACCAUGUCACUGUGGGGACCCAGAUCCAUGUCUUGAAGCAGCUGCCCUCAUUCCGACUUCAGAAAAAUCAAAGCAGCUGGCUCCCUGCCUUCUUGUUCUCCCUUCCUUCCUCCCCCAACUCUGUUUUCAUGUAAAAGACAAAUAAAUGACAACUCUUCACCCAAA